AUGCCUGGGUACGAACAGACACGACAACCUGGGCGGCCUCCCCCUUCGGUGCAGCGGUGCGUACCGACGGGUUCUGCGUCCAGGCAACGAUCUGAGCUCGAGCAGGAUCACGUCCUGGCGUGGACAGGCUGUGUCAGAGUCGAUGGCACGGUCUACACGUUCACUGGCGUGCCAUCCGAAAACGCGACAAUGUCCCAGGUCUGGCGUGUGACCCCCACCCGCACGGUGCAGACAUCGCAAGCCGGACCCGUUCAGCUCACAGUGACCUGGCUGAGUCCGCUCGAGCCCGAUGACCUCGUCAAGCAAUCCAUGCCCUUCGUCUACAUGUCUGUCAAAGCCGCCUCCACAGACGGCGCAUCCCACUCCGUCGAGCUGUACUCAGACCUAACCGGCGAAUGGCUCUCCUCCGACCUCUCCACCCCGAUAACCUGGUCCGGGACCAGCGCCGCCAGCGCAAUCUACCAUAAAGCCGCCCCCAUCUCCCCCAAACCCAUGACGGAGACGAGCGAUAUUGCCGAGGACGCGACGCUGUACUUCGGAAUGACCAAAGCCUCAGCGCUCACCUGGCAGAGUGGAUUUGCCGACGAUGUCCGCGGGCAAUUCAAUAAGUCCGGGUCCUUAAUAGACAAAGGCGACGAUGCGCAUCGCGCCAUUCAGGACCGCUGGCCGGUGUUCAGCCUCUCUUGGGACCUGGGCGACGUCGACGAUAAUGCUAAGGAGGCAGUGUGGGCCAUGGGGCUCGCGCGGAGCCCCGUCGUUCAGUACACGUCAGGCUCGAGUUCCGAAGGGCGGUAUCCGUACUAUCUGACGGAGUACUCGAAUGCGGACGAUGCGUUCGAGGCAUUCAUCGCCGACUAUGAUGAUGCUGCGAGUCGCGCGGACUCCUUCGAUGCGAAGAUCAUGAGCGCGGCUGGAGGCGUGUCUUCCAAUUACGCUGAUCUGAUCGCCCUGGGCACUCGCCAAACGUUUGCUGGUGUCGAGUUCACCGUGUCGCAAGGAGACAACGGAUAUGAUACUAGCGACGUACUGGCGUUCAUGAAGCAGUCGGGAGACUCAGAGCGCGUCAACGCAGUAGAGACCCUAUAUGCUUCCUGGCCGGCAUUCCUAUACGUCAACGCGACAUGGGCGGGCUACCUCCUCGAGCCGCUACUCCGCUUCCAGUCGUCGAAUGUGUAUACGAAGGACUUCGCUGCUCCUGAUCUAGGCACCUCGUACCCUUCUGCCCCUGGUAACAAGUCGCCCAGCUCCUCUCUCGCGGUUGAAGCCUGCGGUGACAUGCUCAUCAUGGCCUUCUCGCAAGCCCAGAUGUCCGGCGACGGUAGUUUGCUCGGGAAAUAUGUCAGUCAGCUAUCCCCUUUCUUACCGGAUGGCGCUCACUAUAGCUACUCAUUCAGUACGACACCUUCAAGGGCUGGGCAGACUACCUCCUUCGCAACGCGGCAAGCCCGCGGGGUUCACAGUCACGCGGACGGCGUGAAUAACGCGAAUCUGGCUCUCAAGGGUAUCAUUGGUUUGCAGGCCAUGGCGGGGAUCAGCACUGCGGUUCAGAAGCUGGACGAUGCGACGGUCUUUGCGAAUAACGCGACGUCGAUGAUUGAUACCUGGGCAGAGGAGCUGCAGAGCGACAAUUUGGCGGACCCGUCGCACACGGGCCUCAUGUAUAAUUUAUUCGCGGAUAGGUUGUUAAAGAGCGAGAUGGUUCCGGAUGAUGUGCGUUAG